CAUGUAGUUUCCAUCUGUCCCUGUGACGAGCAUUUUAGUAAUCUGAGCACUGGUUCAAUUGGUGCUCCCUCGUCAGUACUCUGCUGUGAGGUUGAAGGGGCCAAUAGAUCCACGUACACUGUUGAGAUAUGGCAUUCUGAGGGACAUGAUGGAAACUGGAUGGUACUAUCCUUGUUCUUCACUUUUCUCUCCUUAUUUGUGAUUCGUGUAAUUUCCAUCUGUCCCUGUGAUGAACAUUUUAGUAAUCUGAGCACUGGUUCAAUUGGUGCUCCCUUUCAGCCCUCUGUUGUGAGGUCGAAGGAACCAAUGUUUCCACACGUGCACUGUUGAGAUAUGGCAUUCUGAGUGACAUGAUGGGGGACACUUUUCUUGUUGUUGGUUACUCUAUAUUCCCUAUAUAGGUUUUCCUCUCUUAAGAUUUAUAUGUCUUCUCAUCUUCUGCUAUUCAUCCAGCACUGUAAUUGCAAAUCUUUGCUAUCUUGAAAUUUGAUGUGUCCCCUCUGCAAUUUGUGAUUUGUUUUUGCUUUUUGGCGAGGAAGCAGACCUGGUGAAUGAAGGAAUUUUAUUAUUUUUUGAACGCA